AUGGAUCUUGCUCCGGAGAGUAACCCCCAAGAUGCCGCUGAGAUGCCGGGCACACCGCAAAUUCCGCAAACCUAUGGCCAGCUCAGCCCAGGGGGGAAUCCCUUCAGCCCCUUCCGCAGCCGCAGAACAGCGUUUGUGUGCAUGCCAGUGCCGACCACAGAGGCAGCAGAGGCAGCGGAGGAAGCAGAGGCAGCAGAGGCGGAGGAGGUCGCGGACCCCAAAAAGGAGAUUCGGGAGCAUACUCUUGUGAAAUCUCGCUUCAGCGUCCGCAACAUUUGCUGCGACGCGGAGGUUCGAUUAAUCGAGCGGGUGGUUAAACCUCUGCCUGGCGUGCAGAACGUGGCAGUGAACAGUUUCCAGAAAGUUUGUAUUGUUGAGCACUGCUCGCCGUGUUGCACGUCUGCGGCGACCAUUCUGGCCAAGUUAAACAAUGCAGGCUUGGGCGCAGCUCUUCUUGGACAGGGAGGUGACGAGAUCAGCCCAAAGCUUCACUGCCGUGCGUGGUGCCGGCGCUUUGCCCGCCCCAUCGUGGUGCUGAGCACUGCCUUGUGCAUGCUUGCAAGCGGUCUUCUUCAGAGUGUGGGCCUGGAUGGCCGAAGCCUGGAAAUCGUGGCGGUUUGCAUCGGACUGCCCGGCAUUCUGUGGGAAGCCAUCAGGGGCAUGAGGCAGCUUCAACUCGAUGUCACUUCACUCGUCUCACUUUCAGUCUUCGCUGCUGGCUGGCAUGGCGAGGUUUUUGAUGCAGGCCUAGUAGUGCUCUUAUUUAACCUGGCCAAGAUCAUUGAAGCGGCAGCCUUCCGUCACGUCAGAAGGUCACUGCGCGCAGUCAUGCAACUCCAGACGGUCCAGACAGUCCAGCUGGCAAGAAGGCAGAUUUCGGACUUGCAGUGUGGGGAUGUGAUCACACUACGACCCGGAGAGCAAUGCCCGGCCGAGGGCUGUGUUCUUGCCGGCCUCGCAUCUUGCUCAGAGGCUGCCAUGACGGGUGAGGCGACGCCGCACGAGAAGGGCAAAGGCGCAGAGAUCUCUUCGGGAACUUUGGUUCUCAAUGGUUAUCUAGAAGUCGAGCUCAGGAAGCAGCCCUCCGAGUCGCGGAUGUCUGAAAUUGAAGGCAAGGUGCAGGAGGCGCAGGCCAAGCGCACUCAGAGGCAAAUGAUGAUCAGCAGAUUCUCACAGAAGUGGACCCCAGCAGUUCUGAUAGCAGCGCUCCUGACCGCGUCGAUGCCCGCGAUCCUGGGCGGUGACUAUGCUGAAUGGCGGCACAGAGCCAUUGUGCUUCUGCUUAUAGCCUGUCCUUGCGCCAUCGUCAUCGGCGCGCCGCUGGCAACCACUUGUGCAAUCGCGGCAGCAGCCGCGCACGGCGUGCUGAUCAAGCGGCCUGACACGGUGGAGCGCUUGCCAGCAGUAGCCACAGUGGCUAUGGACAAGACCGGUACGCUUACCAAAGGUGAGAUGGCAGUUCUACAUGUGCAAGCCCUGAGCAGCUCGAAGGACAAGUGGGAAGAGCAGGAGGCACUGAAGCUGGCUGCUGCUUUGGAGAUGAAGUCUGCGCACCCCAUUGCUGCUGCCAUCGUCUCAAGGGCUUUGGGCCAUGUCGCUGAUGCCUAUGGCUCCGACCUGGCCAUUGUGAAGAAGGUUCGCAACCUGCCAGGCGUGGGCAUCCAAGGCCAUCUGUCCUUGGGCGCUCAAGAGCACACGGUCCUUCUUGGAAGUGGCAAGGCCUUGGAGCUGGACCUGGUGAGUGAGUCCAAAGAGUCCAAAGAGUCCAGAGCAGAGUUCGCAGCUUUUGAAGAGAUGCACCCGAACGACACCACGGUGGCCCUGAUCAUUGAUGGCAAACUACAGUACGGGCUUUCUUUGAAUGACACGCUGCGGCCCGAUGCCGUCAGAUUUGUCGAAGAGCUACAUGGGUUGCAACUGAGGCCAUACAUCUUGACUGGAGAUUCUGAGACGGCGGCCAUGCACGUUGCUGGCCUUGUCGGCCUUGAUCCAGGGCUCUGUUGCUUUUCCAUGGCUCCCGAGGAGAAGACGGAGUGGGUUGAGACUCAGCAGGCGGCCAACAGAAAGACACUCAUGUUGGGGGAUGGCAUCAACGAUGCCACGGCUCUUGCGGUGGCCAGCGUGGGCGUUGCAGUUGGCGAGACUGGCGCUGCUCUUGCCGCACAGUCGGCAGAUGUCGUCUUGCUAACAGACAAGUUGCACAAGCUCUCACAGUGCAUCCGCAUGUGCAGGUAUGCUGUUCGUAUUGAAAGGUUGAGUAUCGCGAUCCCUUGUUGCCUCAAAUUUGUGCAAGGAAUCGCAGCCUUUUAUGGUGAGCUUGACCUGUGGAUGGCAGUUCUCGCAGAUUCAGGCACACUCAUUUUUGUCUUGGUCUUAGGGAUGUCCAUUCUGUCCUCCCGAUUUUGGAGCCCUGAAGUCGGUGGCAAAGCCACAGGGCGGAAGGGGUAUGAAGAGCUAGUUUAG